CCCAAGCGCUUGGAAGCUGCUAGGACCUGCCCUUGUGGAGACCAGGCCUUGCGGUUCUGGUUUGCAGUCCGGGCACCGCUCAGGGCCCCGCUCCCCUGCUUCCCGGCUGCCACACGACUCAGCGUUGGCACCGGAAGACAAGAAAAAAGAAAGAAAAGAGAAGAAAAGCAGAGUAAUGGAAGGAGGAGGACUGGCCUGGGGAGUGGAGACACCUGGCUUCUCUCUCCAACUCCACCGGUAGCUUGUUCACAGCCCCUCGGUGUCGCUAAGCAGCCUCACUCUGUAAGAGGCAAACAACCCCAUCUCACCUCCUCCAGCUGCCACAAGACCAAGUGAGAGGCGUGAUGAGACCUGUUCUUCCAAGGACCAGGGGGCAGAAUCAAGAUGGGUGCAAGUUACAAGGAGGCAGAUUUCAGAUCACAAUCAGGAAGACAUUUCCAUUUACCAAAGUCCUUUCUACAGAUUCCUAAUCACCCAGAAAGCCUUCUCCUCUGGGAACUAGUCGAGCAGCAGACUGGUCAUCUGGCAGUGAUCCUGCACGAGAGGGACUGAACCCUGAGCCAUAAGGCCCCUUUGAAAUGGGACAGUCUGCAUGUUGGUUUAUGUGGAAGGGCUUUGGGAAGAAUCAAUGUGAGGCUAAUCGCUCAGGGGCUCGGACUUCUGGCUACCUUGGUCACUGCAGCAGGAGGAGAAAAAGCUGGAGGGGGGGUCAAGCACCCGCCCAGAAGUGAAUCCCGGCACUUCUGGCAUCUCACCGAACAGAAUUAGUCACGUGGCCCUGCCUAACCUCAAGGAGGUGCAUGCAGGAAGCAUAUGCAGAAAGGAGAGAAAAAUGGAUCGAGUCUGACAUUAUGAGACAACCAAAGCUGAUGGAAAAACCUAACCCUGUCUGGAGCAUUGUCAAUCUCAUGCCAGAAAGAAAAAGACAAGGCCAACGGUGCCCUGACUUCCAGAACUGUACAAAAGUGACCAACGUCACUUCUUUGACUAAAGCAAGUCGUAUGGCCAUUCCAGAGGUCAAUAGCAUGGGGAUACCCUUACAGAGAGGAGCAUGACAAAGGAAGAAACUGGAACUUUUGGUGAAUGAGAACCUGUCUCCACCACCUCCUCCUAGGAUGACUUCUUUCCCAGAGGUUCAGUUUCAAAUGUGAAUGACAGUAAACUAAUAUCCAAGAUUCCUGUAUAAGAAGGAGAUCAAAAGGACUGUACUGUCAGGUUUUGAGAGAAUACCUCAAGUUGGACUCAAACACAAGAUUUACCGGUGACUUUGAAGUGGAAUGAGGUUAUUCGUUGUUAAUGUGAAUGAUGUUUAAAUUUCUGCAGCCAUGACACAAGAAUAUAGGAAAGCAUGGGAUUAUGGCAAUCACAGAGUCCUCGUAAUACAAGUUCCAUUCAUUUUUUUCUGAAAGACAGCUGUCUGUUAAAGUGAAGCAAAGGAACUAUUGUGGAUUAUAAUAUUUUGAAGAUCUGGAUUGUCAGAGGUUUGGAAAUAAGGCAUCAUUUAACCUUUUAAAUGAAAAAGAUUAAGAUCUCAUGCAACUGCUAUAUUUUCUGGAAACCAUUCUCCAAAAGGGAAGUGCACAUUUAAAACUUAGAUAUGGUCCUUUGUACAGGGAUUUGAGUCUGAUUGCUUUUACAUCAUGACCAGCUUGAAACGGUCGCAGACGGAGAGGCCUGCUGCCCCCGAAAGGGCCUCGGUUGUUGCCACAGAUGGCACCCCCAAAGUCCACACUGACGACUUCUACAUGCGACGCUUCAGGUCCCAGAAUGGCAGUUUAGGGUCCUCGGUCAUGGCUCCGGUAGGGCCCCCCCGAAGCGAAGGGUCUCACCAUAUAACCUCGACCCCCGGAGUCCCCAAGAUGGGGGUUAGGGCUAGGAUUGCGGAUUGGCCCCCGAGAAAGGAAAACGUGAAAGAAUCUAGCCGUUCAAGCCAGGAAAUAGAAACCUCAAGUUGCCUUGAGAGCCUGUCCUCCAAAAGCAGUCCUGUGAGUCAGGGAAGUUCUGUUAGCCUCAAUUCCAGUGACUCAGCCAUGUUAAAAAGCAUACAGAACACACUGAAAAACAAGACGAGGCCGGCGGAGAACAUGGACUCCAGAUUUCUCAUGCCUGAAGCCUACCCCAGCUCCCCUAGGAAGGCUCUCCGCAGGAUCCGUCAGCGGAGCAACAGCGAUAUCACCAUAAGUGAACUUGACGUGGAUAGCUUCGAUGAAUGUAUCUCGCCCACAUACAAGACUGGGCCAUCACUGCACAGGGAAUAUGGUAGCACCUCUUCAAUUGAUAAGCAGGGAACGUCCGGGGAAAGCUUCUUUGACUUGCUAAAGGGCUACAAAGACGACAAGUCUGAUCGAGGUCCAACUCCAACCAAGCUCAGUGACUUCCUCAUCGCCAGUGGGGGCAAGGGCUCCGGUUUCUCCCUGGAUGUCAUAGACGGGCCCAUCUCCCAGAGGGAGAACCUCCGGCUCUUUAAGGAAAGGGAAAAACCACUCAAGCGCCGUUCCAAGUCUGAAACUGGAGACUCGUCCAUUUUUCGUAAGUUACGCAAUGCCAAAGGUGAGGAACUUGGGAAAUCGUCAGAUCUUGAAGACAACCGGUCAGAAGACUCUGUCAGGCCCUGGACAUGCCCGAAGUGCUUUGCCCACUACGAUGUCCAGAGUAUACUAUUUGACUUGAAUGAGGCCAUUAUGAACAGGCACAACGUUAUUAAGAGGAGAAACACCACCACGGGGGCAUCGGCCGCUGCCGUGGCAUCCCUGGUCUCCGGACCUCUGUCCCACUCGGCCAGUUUUAGCUCCCCGAUGGGCAGCACGGAGGACCUGAAUUCCAAGGGGAGCCUCAGCAUGGACCAGGGAGACGAUAAGAGCAAUGAACUUGUAUUGAGCUGUCCGUAUUUUCGGAAUGAGAUAGGUGGAGAAGGCGAAAGGAAAAUCAGCCUGUCAAAGUCAAAUUCUGGUUCCUUUAGUGGGUGUGAAAGUGCCUCCUUUGAGUCUACGCUUAGUUCCCAUUGCACAAAUGCAGGAGUGGCGGUACUUGAAGUGCCCAAGGACAACCUUGUGUUGCAUCUGGACAGGGUGAAGAGAUACAUCGUGGAGCAUGUGGACCUGGGCGCGUACUAUUACAGGAAAUUCUUCUAUCAGAAGGAACACUGGAACUAUUUUGGGGCCGAUGAGAAUCUUGGACCAGUGGCUGUGAGCAUUCGGAGGGAAAAGCCAGAAGAGACGAAGGAAAAUGGAUCUCCCUACAACUACCGAAUAAUUUUUAGAACCAGUGAGCUCAUGACCCUGAGAGGUUCAGUCCUGGAGGAUGCCAUUCCCUCAACGGCGAAGCACUCGACAGCCAGAGGGCUGCCCCUGAAGGAAGUGCUGGAGCACGUGAUUCCUGAGCUCAACGUCCAGUGCCUGAGGUUGGCCUUCAACACUCCCAAAGUCACAGAGCAACUCAUGAAACUGGACGAACAAGGGCUGAACUAUCAGCAGAAGGUAGGCAUCAUGUACUGCAGAGCUGGACAGAGCACCGAAGAAGAGAUAUACAACAAUGAGUCAGCCGGCCCGGCCUUUGAGGAAUUCCUUCAGCUGUUGGGAGAACGCGUUCGGCUCAAAGGAUUUGAGAAGUACCGUGCACAGCUUGACACCAAAACUGACUCCACUGGAACCCAUUCUCUGUAUACAACAUACAAAGACUAUGAAAUUAUGUUCCAUGUUUCCACCAUGCUGCCAUACACACCUAAUAACAAGCAACAGCUCCUACGGAAGCGGCACAUUGGAAAUGAUAUUGUCACAAUUGUUUUCCAAGAGCCCGGAGCACAGCCAUUCAGCCCAAAAAACAUCCGAUCCCACUUCCAGCACGUUUUUGUCAUCGUCAGGGUUCACAACCCCUGCACCGACAGUGUUUGUUACAGUGUGGCUGUCACCAGGUCCAGAGACGUGCCUUCCUUUGGACCUCCCAUCCCCAAAGGGGUCACUUUCCCUAAGUCAAAUGUGUUCAGGGACUUCCUUUUGGCCAAAGUGAUUAAUGCAGAAAACGCUGCUCACAAAUCAGAGAAGUUUCGGGCCAUGGCAACUCGGACCCGCCAGGAAUACCUGAAAGAUCUGGCAGAAAAGAAUGUCACCAACACCCCAAUUGACCCAUCUGGCAAGUUCCCAUUCAUCUCUCUGGCCUCCAAGAAGAAGGAGAAGUCUAAGCCAUAUCCGGGAGCUGAACUCAGUAGCAUGGGGGCCAUUGUGUGGGCCGUCCGGGCCAAAGACUACAACACAGCUAUGGAAAUAGACUGUCUGUUGGGGGUCUCCAACGAAUUCAUCGUCCUCAUCGAGCAGGAAACAAAGAGCGUGGUUUUCAACUGUUCCUGCAGAGAUGUGAUAGGGUGGACCUCGACUGACACCAGCCUCAAAAUCUUCUACGAGCGAGGAGAAUGUGUUUCAGUGGAGAGUUUAAUUAAUAACGAGGAUAUCAAGGAGAUUGUAAAGAGGUUGCAGUUUGUGUCAAAAGGUUGUGAGUCGGUGGAGAUGACUCUGCGAAGGAACGGGCUAGGCCAGCUUGGCUUCCAUGUCAACUACGAGGGCAUCGUGGCCGACGUGGAGCCCUAUGGCUACGCCUGGCAGGCAGGGCUCAGGCAGGGCAGCCGGCUGGUGGAGAUCUGCAAGGUGGCGGUGGCCACCCUGAGCCACGAGCAGAUGAUUGAUCUCCUGAGAACAUCUGUCACGGUGAAGGUUGUCAUCAUCCCCCCGCAUGACGACUGCACCCCACGGAGGAGUUGCUCUGAAACGUACCGCAUGCCAGUGAUGGAAUACAAAAUGAACGAAGGGGUUUCAUACGAAUUCAAGUUUCCCUUCCGAAAUAAUAACAAAUGGCAGAGGAAUGCCAACAAGGGGCCUCACUCAGCUCAAGUCCCCUCCCAGGUGCAGAGCCCCAUGACCUCGAGGCUGAAUGCUGGCAAAGGAGACGGAAAGAUGGCUCCUCCAGAAAGAGCCGCCAACAUCCCUCGAAGCAUCUCCAGUGACGGGCGCCCCCUGGAGAGGCGGCUGUCUCCUGGCUCAGACAUCUACGUGACGGUCUCUUCCAUGGCCCUCGCGAGGUCCCAGCAGUGCCGGAACUCCCCUAGCAACCUGUCUUCAUCCAGCGAGACGGGCUCUGGUGGAGGCACUUACCGGCAGAAGUCCAUGCCCGAAGGGUUUGGAGUAAGCCGCAGAUCCCCAGCCUCCAUCGACAGGCAGAACACCCAGUCAGAUAUUGGUGGCAGCGGGAAAUCUACCCCCAGCUGGCAAAGAAGUGAGGAUAGCAUUGCUGACCAGAUGGCUUACAGUUAUAGAGGACCUCAGGAUUUCAAUUCUUUUGUCCUCGAGCAGCAUGAAUAUACAGAGCCAACGUGCCAUCUCCCAGCAGUAUCAAAGGUACUGCCAGCUUUCCGAGAGAGCCCCAGUGGGAGAUUAAUGCGGCAGGAUCCGGUGGUCCAUUUGUCUCCAAACAAACAAGGGCAUUCUGACAGCCACUACUCAAGCCACUCCAGCAGCAAUACCCUCUCCAGCAACGCGUCAAGUGCCCACAGCGACGAGAAGUGGUACGAUGGGGACCGCACGGAGUCUGAGCUCAACAGCUACAACUACCUGCAAGGCACCUCCGCCGACAGUGGCAUCGACACCACCUCCUAUGGUCCCAGCCACGGCAGCACAGCCUCCCUGGGGGCUGCCACGUCGUCCCCUCGCUCAGGGCCCAGCAAAGAGAAAGUGGCGCCCCUGUGGCAUAGUUCCAGUGAAGUGAUCUCCAUGGCAGAUCGGACUUUAGAGACAGACGGCCUCGGCAUGGACCGGAAAACAGAGUCCUCCCUGAGCCUGGACAUCCACGGCAAGAGCCCAGUGGGCUCAAACCCUCUGACAAGGGAGAACAGCACUUUCAGUAUAAAUGACGCUGCUUCCCACACAAGCACCAUGGGCUCCCGACACUCUCCCAGCCCCGUUGUCUUCACCAGUGCCAGAAGCUCCCCUAAAGAAGAGCUCCAUCCUGCCACCUCACAGCUCCUACCUUCCUCCUCCUCCUCCUCCUCCUCGUCUGGUCCUAGGACUUUCUACCCUCGCCAGGGCGCGACCAGCAAGUACCUGAUUGGUUGGAAGAAACCCGAAGGAACCAUAAACUCCGUGGGAUUCAUGGACACAAGAAAGCGUCACCAGAGCGACGGCAACGAGAUAGCCCACACCAGGCUGCGUGCCUCAACCAGGGACCUCCGGGCGUCCCCCAAGCCGGCCUCCAAGUCCACCAUUGAGGAGGACCUCAAGAAACUCAUCGACCUGGAAAGCCCAACUCCCGAAUCGCAGAAGAACUUUAAGUUCCAUGCGCUCUCCUCUCCUCAGUCUCCUUUUCCUACCACCCCCACCUCAAGGCGGGCUUUGCACCGGACGCUGUCAGACGAGAGCAUUUACAGCGGGCAGAGGGAGCACUUUUUCACCUCAAGGCCUUCACUUCUGGACCAAGCCCUGCCCAAUGACGUCCUCUUCAGUAGCACGUACCCUUCUCUUCCCAAGUCUCUUCCGUUGCGGAGGCCUUCUUACACCUUGGGAAUGAAGUCGUUGCAUGGAGAGUUCUCAGCCUCGGACAGCUCCCUCACUGACGUCCAGGAGACUCGAAGGCCACCCAUGCCCGACCCUGGACUGAUGCCGCUGCCUGAUGCUGCUGCAGAUUUGGAUUGGUCCAACCUGGUGGACGCUGCGAAGGCCUAUGAGGUCCAGAGAGCCUCCUUCUUUGCUGCUGCUGAUGAAAACCACCGCCCCUUGAGUGCCGCGUCCAACAGUGACCAGCUGGAGGAGCAGGCGCUGGCCCAGAUGAAGUCUUACAGCAGCAGUAAGGAUUCCUCUCCCACUCUGGCGUCCAAAGUGGACCAGCUGGAAGGUAUGCUGAAGAUGCUCCGGGAAGACUUGAAGAAGGAAAAAGAAGACAAAGCCCACCUCCAGGCGGAGGUCCAGCACCUGCGGGAGGACAACCUGAGGCUGCAGGAGGAGUCCCAGAACGCCUCAGACAAGCUCAAGAAGUUCACCGAGUGGGUCUUCAACACCAUAGACAUGAGCUAGGGCAGGCUGAGGGGACAGGAGCGGGGGGCACGGGGGUGCUCUCCGGUGAGGUUUGGCAGCCCCUAGCCGUGACACUGAAAGCAUUCUCUGCCUCCCCACCCCUCCUCCCCGGCCUCCUACUCCGGCCCCUCUCGGGGAGUGCACAACACGAUUGCAGAUCAACAAUCAUUAUCUGCCUUUUGUAGAAAAGAAAAACGAAAAAGUAAAUAAAAAUUUUAAAAAGUAAAAUAAAAGUUUAACUGCUAAAAUGUGAAUGUCUUUAUUUUUUUGCACAAUAUCUUUAUCUGUUAUGUAUUUAAAAAAAAGAAAAAAAAAGUGGGCCUAGGCUGUCCUGGCCCAUCUGCCUCUAUUUCCAUUAGCUCUGAUCUAUUUCAGGUAACCCAAGCUUUCCCUCCUUAUCCUGACAAAUGUCAUUGCUCCUAAUAAAGUUUUUAAAAGUUGUUUGUUUAGGGAGGGGGAUUUCCUUACCUCUGUUCCUAAAACGUCCGGGGAGGAAGGUGCUUUAAGAAAACGCCUGCCUCCCUUGAAUGGCCUGUGCAUGAGCUAGUGCCCUUGUCCCCAUCUUAGCCGCUGUGGGCAGGUCAGGGUUACCGCCAGGUGCACCAGAGACCAGGCUCGUGCCUCGGGCCACGCCCCCUUCCUGUCCUGCAUUGUGACGUAACUCCUCCCCUGCUUCCUUUCCCCAGGCAGAUGGGCCCAGGUGUGUGCUUCUCGGAGCUGGACCCCUUUUUGUCUGGUGUGACUGAGUCCCACCAGGUUGGAGUCCGCCUCUCCACGGCUUCCUGGCUCGUUCAGAAUUCCUCCAGACUUAAAAACUCGUUUGCAUUUUGGUCAAAAGUAUAGUUUUUGUUCGAGGUGUUUAAAGAUGAAAAUGUGGCAAAAUUGGGCUCUUUGGCGCCCUCAAAAUGACCAUAUUAAUUAAUUAAUUAAUCAAUCCUCUCCAAAGCCAGAUUUCACCAGUGUUUAUAACUAGGGAAAGUGAAUGUUAAAAUGUUUCCUGCUUGCUUGUUAGGAGCAACGACUGUGAGAACAGAAUGGGCUUUGAAACCUGCAUGUCCCAGUGUGCGAUUUAAGCACGGCAUUUGCUGAAUCCCUUUGUGGCCGAAGGAUUCUGCUGCAGAAAUGACUUGAUGUGCUCUUUGUCCUGUCUAGCGCUCUAGCCACUCUGGGGCCUCUGGUCAUUGUUCCAAGGCUCCCAGUCCUGCAGACAGACACGCUGGGCCCACCAGUGUUGAGGAACCCAGGGAGCCCCUGGUGGCCUUGUUACCUGCCUUCAUAAAAUGUCACUCAGCUGACACCCGUGUCCCUUCAGUGGCAACUCUGAUCUAGGGAAAGUUCCGCAACGUAGUGUCCUCUGUGUGGAAGCUCCCUGCCCCAAGUGAUCUCAGCUCCUUCCUCCAACCCUGACAGGAAUGGGAUGAGUUUUCUCUCUUCUCCCCCCACCCCCUCCACCAGACUUUUAUGCUACAGUUUCAUUCAUGAUUGUGAUUUUUUUCAAGGGAUUUUUUUUUUUCCUGGUGACAUUUCCAUCACGGAAAAUAGGAAGAUUUCGGAGUGCUUUGUAAAGAUCUCAAUUGUCUGUCUCUUUCUCUCUUUGACUUGUAUGAAGGAGAUUGUUACAUUGCCUGAUAAUCUCUUUGUAAAUGAGAAAUACUGCUAACAUCCAAGCAUUCUGAAGUCUUGCUUAUCCUGAGUUUUUAUUUUGUCUUUCAUUUGUUUGGGAACUUGGGGCAAGCUAUUUAUUAGAGUUUUGCAACAGAGUUCUUGUUUGAAGCCUUUAAAGACUACUUGUAAAAUUCAAACAAUAAAAUUCAUUUUAAAUGCUCUUUUAAAACGC